CUCGAGCAGUUUGGCAGAAGAAGAGGUAGGCUAGAUGACACGUUCCGUCACAAGAGGGUAUUAUCUACUUGACUAUAAGUGUGCCGUCCUUACAGGUAGGAUUGCCUGAGAGCUGGAUCUUACCCCGUCUUGCUCUUCCGUUCACGUUCAUAACACUUGACAUUCUUCAAAAUGUCCAACGCUCGACUGCCAAAGGACUUCCUAUGGGGCUUUGCCACCGCUAGCUACCAGAUCGAAGGCGGUGCGCAUGAAGAUGGAAGAGGCGAUUCCAUCUGGGACACCUUUUGCCGCAUUCCUGGCAAGAUUGCGGAUGGCUCGAACGGCGAGGUUGCCUGCGAUUCGUACCAUCAGUAUAAGCAAGACGUCGCCCUGUUGAAGCAAAUCGGAGCCAAAGCGUACCGUUUCAGCAUCUCCUGGUCCAGAGUCAUCCCACUGGGUGGCCGCAAUGACCCUGUCAAUGAGAAGGGUCUUCAAUACUACAUCAACCUCGUGGAUGAACUGCGCGCCAAUGGAAUUGAACCCAUGAUCACUCUAUUUCACUGGGACCUCCCUCAAGCCCUCUACGACCGUUAUGGCGGCUUCCUCAACAAGAAUGAAUAUGUGCAAGACUUCGUUAACUUCGCUCGCGUUAUGUUCAAGGCUAUGGGUCCAAAGGUGAAAUUCUGGAUCACCUAUAACGAGCCUUGGUGCAGUACCAUCUUGGGGUAUAGUAUUGGUCAAUUUGCACCAGGUCAUACCAGUGAUCGAAAGAAGCACCAUAUUGGUGAUAGCUCAACCGAGCCUUGGCUAGCGGGACACAAUAUCCUCAUCUCCCACGGUGCAGCAGUGAAGGUCUACCGUGAGGAGUUCAAAGCGAAGGACGGCGGUGUCAUUGGCAUCACGCUCAAUGGCGACUGGGCCUUGCCAUGGGAUGCGGACGAUCCUGAGGACGUGGAAGCAUGCCAGCGUAAGCAGGAGUUCUCCAUUGCGUGGUACGGAGACCCCAUCUACAAGGGCGACUAUCCGACCAGCAUGCGAAAGCAGUUGGGUGAUCGGCUGCCUCAAUUCAGUGAGGAUGAACGUGCACUCGUGCAAGGCUCUAAUGACUUCUAUGGCAUGAAUCACUACUGCACGCACUACGUCAAACACAAGAGCGGCCCGGCAGCGCCUGAAGACUUCACUGGCAACCUUGAGGCGGGGCUACUUACCGACAAGAACGGCACGCCUAUUGGCCCAGAAACUCAGUCUCCGUGGCUCCGACCUUAUCCGCAAGGCUUCCGCAAGCUGAUCAAAUGGAUCUCUGAUCGCUACGACCGGCCAAUCAUAUACGUUACGGAGAACGGCACCAGCAUCAAAGGCGAGAAUGAUCUGCCAAAGGAGCAGAUCCUGGAAGACGACUUCAGAUGUGAGUUCUUCAAGGGAUACGUCACUGCACUUGCAGAGGCGGUGACGUUUGAUAAUGUCGAUUGUCGAGGAUACAUGGCCUGGAGUCUUAUGGACAACUUCGAGUGGGCGGAGGGCUACGAAACCCGAUUCGGCGUGACUUACGUUGACUACGUUGGAGGCCAGAAGCGGUAUCCAAAGAAGAGUGCCAAGGGCCUUGCCGAGCUGUUUUCAUCGCUCUGUCAGUAGCGACGACAGGGCGACUGGUACCAGCCAUCCGUGCGUUGAAUCAACCAGUGCAAAUUCUGUGGGCCUGUGUCUGGCCGAACAUCUUGCGAGGCAUGGCCAUGAGCAAUACUUUCACCCCUUGGGCAGCAUUGCAUGACGUCCAGCUUGUGCCCGGUUCAGCUACUUCUGAGACCUCAGAUUCCGACAGGCACCGUCUCAGAUGCAAUCCUUAGAUCCUUCCGUCCAAGCCGGCUGCGUCGCGACUUAACCUGUGUGGUUGAAUGAUGCAGCAGUCGCCACCGUGUAGUGUUGCGAUUAGCAGGUGGAGUCUCGCUCCGCCAGCCGGGACCCGGUGAAGGUGAUGUUGACCACACCGCUGAGCGUGUACGUUAUUAUGCGUGCUCGUGGCACCAUAAGGUUUGAUUGAUUUAGC